UUAUCUGGGGUUCUGGGAGAGGAGGGAAUGAUCAAGAGGAUGAGGGUAGUCCUUAGAAGUGUAUAUAGGUGUUGGGUGGGACCCCCAGAGAUGGGUGUGUGUGUGUGUGUGUGUGUGUGUGUGCAAAUUCCUAGAGUAGGAGCCAGGUUGAUGCUAAAUCUAAGCGGAAUGGGCAAGGAUGCCUCCAGCUAGGAUUUGGGGUCUUAGUUGACCCUUGAGUAGGAAAGAUGAGACAGGGAGCAGAUAGCAGGCAAACCUCCACUCAGUCCUGGGUCCUCUUUGAACUGGGCUUGAAACCGGGCUGGGCUCCUGGACUCCCAUCUGCUGAGCUGCACCCAGAACCAGGAGCAGGGCGUGGGCCCAUCCUCUGGAAAGGAUCCUGGGCUCCCUUGCCCACAAAGCAGAACAGGGGCCCAGAGAGCCCCCAACUCAAGAGAAGUGAAGCUGGCAGCUGGACCACAGAGGAGCGGAGGUGCUGGCGACCGAGGCGAAGACAAUGACGUGCGGGGAAAGCCUGGCUUGGACCGCCGCGGGAUGGGGCGCCCAGGUGUGCCACGGACCACAAUGUGGACAACACCACAGAGAUGCUGCAGGAGUGGCUGGCAGCUGUGGGUGAUGACUACGCAGCUGUGGUUUGGAGGCCUGAGGGGGAGCCCAGGCCCUAUCCAGACGAAGAAGGUCCCAAGCACUGGACCAAAGAACGGCACCAGUUUCUGAUGGAGUUGAAGCAGGAAGCCUUGACCUUUGCCAGAGUCUGGGGGGCUGACUAUAUCCUGUUUGCAGACACAGACAACAUUCUGACUAACAACCAGACACUGCGGCUUCUGGUGGAGCAGGGCCUGCCCGUGGUGGCCCCAAUGCUGGAUUCCCAGACCUACUACUCCAACUUCUGGUGUGGAAUCACCCCGCAGGGCUACUACCGCCGCACAUCUGAGUACUUCCCCACCAAGAACCGCCAGCGCCGGGGCUGCUUCCAUGUACCCAUGGUCCACUCCACCUUCCUGGUAUCUCUGCGGGCUGAGAGGACAGCCCAGCUCGCCUUCUACCCACCUCACCCCAACUACACCUGGCCCUUUGAUGACAUCAUCGUCUUUGCCUACGCCUGUCAGGCAGCUGGGGUCUCAGUCCACGUGUGCAACAAGCACUGUUACGGGUACAUGAAUGUGGCUGUGAAAUCCCAUCAGGGGCUGGAAGAUGAGAGGGUCAACUUCGUCCACCUCAUCUUGGAAGCACUUGUGGACGGGACCCCCAUGCAGGCCUCAGCUCACGUGUCCCGGCCCCUGAAGAGGCCCAGCAAGAUGGGCUUUGAUGAAGUCUUUGUCAUCAGCCUGGCCCGCCGGCCUGACCGCCGUAAACGCAUGCUCAGCUCCCUCUGGGAGAUGGAGAUCUCAGGGCAGGUGGUGGACGCUGUGGAUGGCCGGAUGCUCAACAGCAGUGUCAUCAGGAGCCUUGGCGUGGGCUUGCUCCCUGGCUACCAGGACCCCUACUCGGGCCGCACGCUGACAAAGGGCGAGGUGGGCUGCUUCCUCAGCCACUACUCCAUCUGGAAAGAGGUGGUUGCCAGGGGCCUGGCCCAGGUCAUGGUGUUUGAGGAUGAUGUGCGCUUUGCGAGCAACUUCAAGAGGCGGCUGGAACGGUUGAUGGAGGAGGUGGAGGCAGAGAAACUCCCAUGGGACUUAAUCUACCUUGGCCGGAAGCAGGUGAACCCUGAGGAGGAGGUGGCCGUGGAAGGGCUGCCAGGCCUGGUGGUAGCCGGGUACUCCUACUGGACGCUGGCAUAUACCCUGAGCCUGGCAGGUGCCCGCAAGCUGCUGGCUUCCCAGCCCCUGCACCGGAUGCUGCCUGUGGAUGAGUUCCUGCCCAUCAUGUUUGACCAGCACCCCAAUGAGCAGUACAAGGCACACUUCUGGCCACGGGACCUGAGAGCCUUCUCUGCCCGGCCCCUGCUUGCUGCCCCCACCCACUACGCGGGGGAUGCCGAGUGGCUCAGUGACACCGAGACAUCCUCCCUCUGGGAUGAUGACAGUGGCCGCCUUGUCAGCUGGAGCGGCUCUCACAAGACGCUGCGCGGGCCCCGCCUGGACUUGGCUGGCAGCAGUGGGCACAGCCUCCGUCCCCACCCUCGGGAUGAGCUCUAGGUCCAGGUGUGACCCGCUAAAAGAACGCUCAGGAGCAGGCACAGCUGCCCAAGGAGAAGAGGAGGAGAUUGCUGGCAGCAGCUGCCCCCAAGAGCCACAGACCCAGUGGAGACCUGGCUGCCACCUAAGGCACAGUUGCUCUGCCCUCUGGACCCCUCCCCCAGUCUACAGCAGGGAUGGAUCCCCUGCUCUGAAAGUCACAGAGCAAAAGGACAGGACUCUUUUGUCCCCUCCCCCUGCCCAGCCUGACUCAGCUUUCCCUUUCAAGCUAGGCAGACAUCAGAGCCUUGCGCUCCCUCCCUGAGGACUCAACCACUGGGUCCACUCUGCCCCCUUCUACCUCCACCAUAGCCCACUCCCCAGCUCGACACCUGGGUCCCUCAUGUCUGGGCCCAGCCUCUUCCCCUGGCCAGUGGGAAGUGCAAGGAGGUAAGAGGAGGGUCCUUACAGACCCGGUGCCCAGCACACAUUAGGCCCUCAAUAAAAGCUAGAUGGUAUUUGCACUUUCUUUUUAA